CAGCUUAUCAAAUCACUCGACACUUAAACUAGUACAUUUUACCUUAUCUCCUAAAUGGCUAUGCUUUUAACAUAUGGUCGAAUGUUUUUGUUAAAAUAUUAAGCAUAACUUUAAACCCGUGUUGGAUGUGUAGGGUAAAGAGCAACAUGCUACAUUUUGCAGGGUUAGUUCUUAUAGCAUUGAAAGCUCCAACAGCACUCGGACUAGUGUGUCUCGUUUGUGACCACGUCUCGAGCAUACGUGAUUGCCCAUACAUCGAAACGUGUGGAUCACACGAGGUAUGCUAUUUAGAAGGACGUAACUCGAGUAAUGGGCACGCGUUAUAUCAAGGCGGAUGCAGGGAACGUCAAAAAUGCUUCACCGCAACGACUGUUGGAAAACGGACCGAAGCAGCGUUUUGUUCCCAGUGCUGCGACCACAACUUGUGUCAGGCCUCACUUUGUGGGGGCACAGGAUAUUCUCCCAAUCGAGGCCCCAUGUGUUACGAUUGUCCAGAAGGAUUGAACCAAGGAGACUAUUGUGACAGAAUUAUAGAGGCAUCACAUGAUCAGGUCUGUACAGAAUCAAUGAGAUUGUCACUCCAGGGUACUUUGUUUUAUGCUACUAGCCUCCUGGAGAAAAACGCAUGUGACAGAGCACUAGCAAGGCUAGCUGCGGAAAACUUGCAUAUCACCGGCGCCAAUGGCUCGUGUUUCAACUGCUGUAGCGGUGACCUGUGUAAUAACAGGUGCAACCUAGCGACACCUAUUGUGCAAGUGUGUAAGGACGCCUCAACUCCUGAAACAUGCAAGUUGGCAGCUGCCUACAUCUGUGGCGAUAAGACGAUGGCUACUAACGCAGGAUGUCUACACUACUGUGGUUUAUGUUAACCUCUGAUGUCCACAAAUACACAAUUGCAAGGCUAA